AGAGGGAUGUGCUUUCCGCCGUAGAAAAUAUCAAUUUGAGAAGAAUCCGUAAAUACAAGGAAGAGAUAAAAUUUUGUUUUGUUGAAAAAUACAGAAAAUGGCUGAAGAAGGACAAGUGAUUGCUUGCCACACCGUUCAGGCCUGGACCGAGCAGCUCGAGAAGGGACAGGAGAGCAAGAAAUUGAUUGUGGUGGAUUUUACUGCUUCCUGGUGUGGGCCCUGUCGUUUCAUCAGUCCAAUUCUGGCAGAGUUCGCCAAGAAGAUGCCACAUGUCACGUUCUUGAAGGUGGAUGUGGAUGAAUUGAAGACUGUUGCUGAGGAUUGGGCUGUCGAGGCAAUGCCAACUUUUAUGUUCUUGAAAGAAGGAAAAAUAAUCGACAAGGUUGUGGGUGCCAAGAAAGAGGAACUGCAGCAGACCAUUGCAAAGCAUGCUACUGAGGUGGCAGCAGCGUAAUGGAUGAAGCAUGCUGGGUCUUUAGUUUAGUGGUAUUCAAAUAAUGCAUGCCCAGGGCAGUGUAGUCGUGUUCUUAUAGAUAUUUAUGACUAGCGUGUUUAUGUAUGUGAUGAACAUAGAUCUUCAUAUUUCUGCUUAUUAUGUGGUCAUAUGGGGCCACUUCUUUGGAUUUUUAAUCUUUGCUAUGGUAUUAGCAUGCUCAUGAUAGAAGCAAGCUUUCUAUGUAUUAGAUUUUGUUGCUUGUAUGGUUGUGGCAGCCAGGGGAUGUGAAAAUCCCUUGUGGUAGUAACUUUAUCCUUGGAGAAAUUGAUGUUCUUUUCA